GCUGUUCCUUCCAAUGCCCCCAUUUUCGGGCCCACCCAACACCAACACCACCACUACCAACGGCGUACCACUCCCAGUACCAGCAACAACAAACCAACAGCGACUUCUCUACUUAAAUCCCAUGGAUAUUAUAUAUACAUAUUCAUAUUCAUAUACACACCCACAUAAAUAUAUUACUCAAUUCCAUUUUUUUAUUCUAUUUGAGAAAGUUUUGAAGGGUAAUAAUAUUAUUAUAACUUAUAUAUAGUAUACACUUGUGUUCGCCGGCGAUGCCAACGCCGGUUACUACAGCCAGGCAAUGCUUGACCACGGAGGCGGCGCAAGCCCUCGACGACGCCGUCACCGUCGCGCGCCGCCGUGGACACGCUCAGACCACGUCGCUCCACGCGGUGUCCGCGCUUCUCUCGCUUCCGUCCUCGGCGUUGCGGGAGGCGUGUGGUCGAGCUCGGAACAGUGCGUACUCGUGUAAGAUUCAGUUCAAAGCUCUCGAGCUCUCGUUAGGGGUUUCUCUGGACCGCCUUCCUUCGUCGCCGCAACGGGUCGACGAGCCUCCGGUGUCGAACUCGCUCAUGGCGGCCAUAAAGAGGUCUCAGGCGAACCAGAGACGACAGCCGGAGAAUUUUCAGUUGUAUCAUCAGCAGCAACAACAACAACAACAGUCGUCGACGUCGGCGAUUUCGAUGGUGAAGGUUGAGCUUCAGAAUCUGAUUCUAUCGAUUCUCGACGACCCGGUCGUAAGCCGGGUCUUCGCCGAAGCGGGCUUUCGGAGUUGUGACAUCAAGCUAGCUAUUCUUCGACCCGUUCAUCAACUUCUCCGUUAUUCACGUUACAAGGGUCCACCUAUGUUUCUCUGUAAUUUGACUGACGAUUCCGAUCUAGGUCGUCGGGGUUUUAGCUUUCCGUUCCUGGGUUCUUCUGGGUUUUUCGGCGGAGAUGAGAAUUGCAGAAGAAUUGGGGAAAUCCUUGUGAGGAAGAAGGGGAGGAAUCCUCUACUCGUCGGUGUUUGCUCCAACGAUGCCCUGCAUCGUUUCCUGGAGAUUAUUGAGAGAAAAAGAGGUGUACUGCCCAUAGAAAUCUCUGGAUUGAAUUCGAUUUGCGUCGAAAACGACAUUUCAAAGUUUGUGACUGAGAAUUCUGAGGAGUGGGUAGUGAAGCUGAGAUUCGAGGAGGUGGGUCGAAUGGUGGAACACUGUGUAGGAGCUGGUGUGAUUGUAACUUAUGGAGAUUUGAAUGCAUUGAUUGGUGACAAUGCUUCAGUUUCUACUGUGAGCUGUGUUGUUGGUGAAUUGACGAGGUUACUGGAUGUUCAUGGUGAGAAGGUGUGGUUGAUUGGAGCUGCAGCUAGUUACGAAACGUAUUUGAAGUUUUCGAAUGUGUUUCCCUCCAUUGAGAAAGCUUGGGAUUUGCAGCUUCUACCCAUCACUUCUCUUAGGCCUUCCAUGGGAGAAUCAUACCCCAGAUCCAGUUUGAUGGAGUCCUUCGUUCCUUUCGGUGGGCUCUUUUCUGCACCUUCUGAUUUGAAGAGCCCAUUAAGCAGCUCAAAUCAAUCUAGCUUGCCUUCCUGGUUGCAGAUGGCUGAACUCGGCGCAAGCAGGGGAUUAGAUACGAAGGCCGAAGAUAAUGGCUUGGGAUUGAGCGCUAAAGCCGCAGGGCUGCGAAAGAAAUGGGACAAUAGCUACCAGCUUCUUCAUCAUACUCAACGAAUACCAAAGGCAGAUACUUAUCAAGUGGGUUUUCAAGUUCCUACUGUUACAAACUUUCAUGUUGUUGAUGACAAAAAGGAAAAUGCUGAUAAUCACAACAACAAUAAUAGAAAUGCAUCUUCAAAUGCAAGUGAGCAGAAAAAUGUAAAUUCAUGCCUAUCAGCAGAUUUGCAAAAAAAUUCUAGCUCAAAACCUAGCCUUCAGUUGCCUGAGGUUUCAAAGACUACGGAUGAGAAUUUCACAUUUAAACUUUGCAAAAAAAAUUCAAUAACUGAAAACCUUGAGUUGGGUGAUCUCAGUUGUUCCCCUUUGAGUUUGUCCAAUUCAAGUGUUGGUUAUGAUCACGCAUCUCCAACCUCUGCAACAUCUGUAACUACUGAUUUAGGUUUGGGAAUAUGCUCUACAUCUAUCAGCAGGGAAUUGAACAAACCUACGAAUCAGAGUCGCAUAGAUUUUCUACAAAAUUUAUCAGGUUGCUGUUCAGUCGGUGUUGAUUUGGUUACUCCAAGUACCUUGAACAAUCCAGCUCAAUCUUCAGGCUUCUCAUGUCCUGAUUUGAACUGGCAGCUUGAUCAAAGUGAUUUCAAGACUCUUCACAGGGCACUCAGUGAAUUGAUCAGCGGGCAAGAGGAAGCUGCAAGUGUUAUUUGCCAAACAGUAGCUCGCUGCAGAACAAGAAAUGAAAAGCACUAUGGGGCAAGUCUAAGAGGAGAUAUAUGGUUCAGUUUCCUUGGACCUGAUGAUUUUGGUAAGAAGAGAGCUGCCAUUGCUCUUGCUGAAACAUUAUAUGGAAGCAGCAACAACUUUUUCUGUGUGGAUCUAAGUUCCCAAGAUGGAACAAUCCAUACAAACACCAUAUAUGAUUGCAGAGAGAUGAAUGGUUAUGAUGUAAAGUUCAGAGGGAAGACUGUUGUUGAUUACAUUAGUGGAGAAUUGAGUAGGAAACCUUGGUCUGUUGUUUUCCUUGAAAAUAUAGACAAGGCUGAUCUGCAGGCUCAGAAUAGUUUAUCCCAGGCAAUGAGGACCGGUAGAAUUUCAGACUCACAUGGAAGAGAAGUGAGCAUCAACAAUGCGGUUUUUGUGACAACCUCGAGAUUCACUAAAGGUAAUAAAAUUCUCUCUUUUGCAAAGGAAACCAGCACCUAUUCUGAAGAAAGAAUAUUAAAAACGAAAGGAUGGCCAAUUCGGAUUUUAGUCGGUCGUGCUCUUGGGGAAAUCACCAUCAGCCAUGACUCGAGUGUGUUGAAUAGUACAAGAAAAGGCAUCUCAAACCCGAUCUUUCUGAAUAAAAGGAAGUUAAUUGGUACUAGUGAGACCGCGGAAGAGCAUGAAACCUCAGAAACAGCCAAAAGGGGGCACAAAAUGUCAAACUCGUAUCUGGACUUGAACAUCCCUGCCGAGGAGAUUGAGUUGUGCAACAAUGAUAAUUGCAACUGUAGAACCGAUUCCAUCUGUGAAAACUCAAAUGCAUGGUUGGAGGAUUUUAUUGAACAGGUGGAUGGAGCAGUGGUUUUCAAGCCAUUUGAUUUUGAUGCACUUGCUGAGAAAAUACUAAAGGAGAUUAGUGAGUGCUUUCACAAGAUCGUUGGUUCUGAGUGCUUGCUAGAAAUCGACUCGAAAGUCAUGGAGCAGUUUCUUGCAGCUGCUUGUGUAUCAGACAAUAACAAAGUGAAAGAUUGGGUCAAGCAGGUCCUUAGCAGAGGAUUUCUAGAAGCCCAGAAGAGGUACAACCUCACAGCUUCCUCUGUCGUGAAACUCGUUAUUUGCGAGGGCAUGUUCUUGGAAGAACAAGAACCAGGAGUUUGCCUCCCAGCUAGAAUUAUUAUGAACUGAUGUACUUAUAUAUAGUUUUCUCUUGUAUUUAGAUGUAUAAUUAGAAUUUUAGCAUGGAUAAACCUUGUUUAGCCUGUCAAUCCCAUGUUUUGUUGGAUUUUUUCAGGUUGUAUUUGUGUAAUAUAGUAUAGACUGCAUUACAUGAUGUGUGAUUUUCUUCAUAGGUCUGCGCCAAUUGUCUUCUUAGUUGUAGCUGAAUCAGCUGAUUCAUGUUCAAUAACAUAAUUUGCUUGUGCUGGUGUACACGCUCAUAAA